AUGUCGUGUGGCGCGGCGCGGCAUGGCACAGUGCAGCAUGGCAUAGAGCGCCACAGCACCUCCCUGCUCACCAUAUGCCAGGCAGGCAGGCAGCCAUGCCCAAAGCCAGGCCCACCGAGAGGGAUGAGAGAUCUAGGAGUGGAGGAUGCUAUUUGUAUCAUGAAGUGUCAUGUGGAAGUGAAGGGAGAAGACAGCGAAUUCCCAUUAUCUGAUGUGUUCAAGAAGAUAGAUAAGACUGGUCAUGCAAGGUGCGUUCUGUGCCACAAAGAAAUCAAUUAUGGAAGCAAAGGGACCCAUGCUUUGUUGGCACAUUGUAAAACAGACAUCCACAAAAAGAAAGUGUGUGACCUGUUAGGAACUCACAGUAUAGCCAGCCUUCUCUCCAGUGAAGCGGGACCAUCUACAUCAGCUCCAAAACAGGGACCAGAGAACAUCAGACAGUGGUGCCAGGCAAAGCUUCCAACUCCCAUUGUGAAUCGUAUUGCAAAUUCAGAGGCCAUGGUUCUUGAAGUGUUAGCAGAGCGCUCUCUUCCCUUUUCUAAUGCACCAGUGAUAGUGGAGCUUGCUCAAACCCUUGCUAAGGACAGAGAGGCUUUGCAGGGAAUGAAGCUUUCUAGGACCGCAACAGCCUACAAGAUGGUCCAUGGACUUAGGAGGACCUACUCUGAAAGGACUUUAUCCUACUUAAGGAGUAGACAUUUUUCUUUGAACAUAGACGAGAGUACAACAAACAACAACAAAAAGGUGUUGUCCAUACUUGUAAGCUACUACCAUGAUGACUUGAAGAAAGUUCUUGUUGAGCAUCUGAGAACUUUGGAGGUAUUAAAAACUACUGCAGCCAGCUUGGAGAGAGAGCUCUGUCAUUUCUUCGAGCAGAACAACAUACCAUGGCAAAACCUGGUAAGUAUUUUGAAGGAUUCCUGUGCCAUCAUGAGAGGCAGCAAGACUUUGCUGAAGCCAUUUAUGGAGAAGCUAAAGACAGCGUUCACAACCACUGCUGCAUACACGUAUAUGCAGAAGAAGCUUCCCUUGGAUAGCCCGACCCUGAAGGCCCUGUCUGCUCUCGACCCACUUUUGAGAGGCCAUUCGAAAGGACCCAUCCAGCUGAAGAGGCUAAGUGGAAUGCUGAGCCACCUCCUUCCCACAGGCUGUGAUGUCCACCAAGAAAUACUGAAGUACAGUGUUGACCUGGCGUUACCUGCCUUCAAGGAGGGAGAUUGCUGGAGUUCCUGGAGUGUUGGGAUCAUGUUUCAGAGGGAGAAAUACCAGGCCCUCACAGCACUGGUGAAGAGUGGUCUGUCAAUUUCCCAUGGCCCCAGGGUGGAGUCAGCCUUCAGCCUGAUGAACGAGGUCAUCGACAGCAAGAGUGGUAACAUGAACGUGGAGACAUGCAAUGCCAUUCAGACGGUCAAGUAUAACCUCAUGGCUAGAGAGAAAUCGGUUGUGGACAUUUAA